ACACUGACAGAGUGGACAAGCUGCGGUCACAGUAGGAGACCCCUAGCUCUCUUUUCUACAGCCCUGCUGAUGCCCACGUGUAUUCAGGCUCAGUAUAAAUCUGAUGCAAACUUGCCUCAGAGUGGACGCAGCUCGGAAAGCUCCUUCGAAGAGCAUCCGGUUCAGAUAAGUUUACAAUUUUUCAGAAAAGCCAUUUUACACACUAUAUUGUCAUAUACCCUACAAGAAGAACCUAACAAAAUAAAAACUUUAGGAGCCACUAUGUUCUCCAGCGAAAUGUGGAACUCUUCCGAGAUGCUGCUGAAUGAUUCUGCAAGGAAUUUGUCCUUGGAGGAGGUUGAAGAAGGUGAGCACCCUUUCCUGACAGAUGCCUGGCUGGUGCCACUAUUUUUUUCACUCAUCAUGCUGGUGGGACUCGUAGGGAACUCUCUGGUCAUCUAUGUAAUCUCCAAGCAUAGGCAGAUGAGGACUGCCACCAACUUCUAUAUCGCUAACCUGGCUGCCACAGAUAUCAUCUUCCUGGUGUGUUGUGUGCCAUUCACAGCUACCCUUUACCCACUGCCUGGGUGGAUUUUCGGUGACUUCAUGUGCAAAUUUGUUGCUUUUCUUCAGCAGGUGACAGUCCAGGCCACGUGCAUCACAUUGACAGCAAUGAGUGGGGAUCGUUGCUAUGUGACCGUGUACCCCUUGAAAUCUCUCCGUCAUCGUACUUCACGUGUUGCCAUGAUUGUAAGCGUCUGCAUCUGGAUUGGCUCUUUCAUUCUGUCCAUCCCAAUUUUAAUGUAUCAAAGGCUUGAGGAUGGCUACUGGUAUGGACCAAGACAGUACUGUAUGGAGCGCUUUCCCUCAAAGACACAUGAAAGAGCCUUCAUACUGUACCAGUUCAUAGCCGUUUACCUGCUGCCUGUUCUAACCAUCUCAUUCUGCUAUUCCUUCAUGCUGAAGAGAGUGGGCCAGCCAACUGUGGAGCCUGUUGAUAUUAACCACCAGGUGCACCUGCUCUCAGAGAGAACUAUUUCCAUCAGGAGUAAGGUUUCCAAAAUGGUGGUAGUCAUCGUGGUGCUCUUCACAAUCUGCUGGGGUCCAAUUCAAAUCUUUGUCCUCUUUCAGUCUUUCUACCCGAACUUUAAGGUCAAUUAUGCCACAUAUAAGAUCAAGACAUGGGCCAACUGCAUGUCGUAUGCCAACUCGUCUAUCAACCCCAUCGUGUAUGGCUUUAUGGGUGCCAGCUUCCGAAAGUCCUUCAAGAAGACUUUCCCCUUCCUCUUCAAGCAUGCGGUGAGGGACAGCAGCGUAAUCUCCCGUACAGCAAAUGCAGAAAUCAAAUUUGUUGCAACAGACGAGAGCAAUACAGAAAGAAAAUGAGCAGCAGUCAAGGAAGAGAAUUAGCACCUUCAUCCUCACAUAGACAAAUGCUUAAUUGCUGGCACGUCCUGCACCAUAACAAACUGAUGAAUUUGGAAAUUACAUGAUUUCUUCAGGGAGAUCCAGUGUGCAUAAUAAGGAGAUGUACAAUGACAUGGAAAAUGACAUUUGCAUGCUAAUUCUUUGAUGCAUAUUUAACCUUUGACAAGUAUAGCACAUGACCAAUAUGAAAUAGAUGAAAUGAGAUUUAAUACUACAUGUCAGUUAACGUAAACAGCGGAUGCUAGCAGUAACAUGAAUGGCAUAUAAAUCAGAGACACCAAGGUCUUUGCCGGACGAAAGACUGUUCUGACAAACAGUGAUAUGCAGUAACCUGCCAAGAGAGGAUGUUAUCUGAAUAAUCCUUGGAGACGUAUGACUCAUUGAUUGAGAUUAAGAUAAAGGUUGGUCCUGCACCUCCCUGUGUACACACACAACAGUUGAAUAUAAACCUGUACAUUUUGAUCUUACUGGGUGUUACUGAUGUUCUCAGUUCACCUCCUGACUCAGUCGAGACUCUUCCUACUUUGGCAGCGAGUCUAAACACAUCUAGUAUUGUUACAAAUUACAGCUUGUGUUGGCAAUGCGUUUACUCUGUAGAAAAUUGUGUUGUUGAAAAACACAGUUGUUGAAAGACACACAGUUGUGUUGUUGAAAGACACACAGUCUAAUGAGAGAAGGGUCAAUAAGAUUAAACAUUCUUGAGAGAUGAGUCUUCUGUGACCUUCUGACUUACCAAGAAAUAACACUGUGACACUUCUGAUGAACUCAGAUGGAUUACUGAUUUUCUAAAAUGAUGAUAUGAUGAUCGUAAUAUAGCACAUAAAGAAAUAAUAUGAUUGUCAUUUAACUUGGAUAUUGUAUGUUCUGUACAAAUGUACUUAUGUAUAUUCGUAUAUAUAUAUAUGUGUGAGUUCAAUAUGCUCUCUAGACAUAUUGUUAUCCUUCAUAACAAUAAGCAUACAUUAAUAUAUAAAAGAAUAUCUCAUGCUGUAAGUGAUAUAAUGAGCUUAUUGUGGAACACUGAUUAACUUUAUUUAAACCUUUUUUUAAACCCCAAAAAGCUUUAUAUUAAGCAGUGCCUUCUACUACAAAACGCUGUUUUUAAAAUAUUACGCAUGCUUACAAUUAAUAUUAAUCGCCUACUCUGAAGAGAACAGCACUGAACUUCUUUCUAUCUCUUUCUCAACAAGGCUGGAGACAUUAUAAGGUGCCUCUUGGUCUAAUCGUUUUCAGCUCGUUUAUAUUCCUGGGUUUGCUCAUGUGGAAUUUUUUCUUCUUUUCCAACACUGCAGCUUUUUUUUUUUUUUUUUUUUUUUUUUUAAAGCGAUCAAAUCUGGAGAUUGAGAUAGUCAAAUAACUGAUUGUGUGUUUCUGUAACCACAUCUAUGUCUAUUUGAAGUGUGUUCGGCUCAUCAUCUUUGUCAAAAGCUCGAAACAUGGCCAAGUGGUUUUGGGAUGAAAUAUCCUGAUACUUAACACAAUUAUUGGUGCCAUAAAUCUUCACAAAGCCCCUGAAGCACCUGCUACAAAACAGCCCUGAAGAAUUCACUGCAUAUUUUCCACUGAGCUUUAGGUGCUUUUACUUGUGUGCGGAGUCCAAGUCACCAAAAUGUGCUAAAGGUGCACAUUUUCUCAUCUGACUGUAUCACAUAAUACCACCUGUACUUCUGACGAUGCUUGGUGAAGAUUAAAUGUUGCAUUAAGUUAGUUUUUUUUUUUUUUUUUUUAAAUAUUGUUACAUCAAAACUGUGCAGUUCUAAAAGUGUGAUCUCUGGAGGUCUUUUCCUCUCCUUUACCAUCAUCCUCACUGUGCCCUAAUUGUGUGUAAUGCCAUUAUUUAUUUUUUUAUUUAUUUUGUUACUGCUUGUUGUUUGUAUUUAUGUAAAAAGGACCUUAGGGGUAUCAAUAAUUUUGCAAUUACCUUUGUGAGAGAAAGUAUCAUUAUUUUAAAAAGGAGUUCUGUGUAAAUGUAACCAAUGUAAUGGUUUUGUAUAUG